CACUUUUCUUACGGAAUAAUAUGCUGAUCUAUUAUUCCGCAAGAAAAAUGACAUUUCGUAUUUUGAAACCGGCGCCGUGUGCAGUGUGACGAGUGUGACCAAGUGAAAAAAAAAAACGAUCUGUCCAAAAGUUCGUUGUGCUCUUGUUCUGAAAACCGUGUUUGUGUUUGCAUUUUUAAUUGCGAUGGAGUACGCCGAUGUAGAAUUUUUGGAGCUAGGAGAGUUUAUUGAUUUGUCCCCACCGGACUUUGAUACGGAAGCCACAGAAGCUUCUCCUGAUGUUUCUCCUCCCGCGGCUGCCGGGAAACGCCAGAAGAAGAGAAGAAGGACGGAUUUCUUCUCUUCUGAGGAUAAGAAACAGCUGGCUGCAGCUGUAAAGGGUCGCCCAGAAAUCUGGGACCUUUCUAAUCGAGACCAUUACAACAGUGGUGCGAUCGAUCGGGCCUGGAGGGAGAUUGCGAAGCAGCUCAACCGAACCUGCGACAUGUGCAAAACGGCGUGGAUCUCACUUCGCGAGAGCCAUCGGUACAGGAAGAAAAUUGUCCAGAAGAAAUCCGGUAGCGAAGGGGGAGAGCCACUUCCAGGCCCAUCAAGCAGUUGUUUGGAGUGGGAGUUUGCGGAGGACUUAUCGUUCCUACCGGACACUUCUCGCAAGCGCAAAACGUUUUCCACCACAAAGCAAUCGGAAUCCGCUGCACAUGAAAUCGAACACGAAAGAACUGAAGAAGAAGGUCGGACUAAUUACUUUUACCAAUCGCCACGGUCGGAAAACAAGAAGCCCAGCAAGGAAGAUGAUUCCCUCAGCGUUCUUGCGAGUAACAUUACAAGUCUAAUUGACUAUUCCAAAACGCUGGAAGACAGUCCGCUCGUGUUCCAAACAGCGUUGGCCAAUAUCGACCGCAUGCUGCAGAGGCUGUCGCCAGACGUUGCUGAAGAUGCCAUCUAUGAAAUGACCACUCUACUCUACAGAAAAAUUAAGGAGCAGCAGCAGCUGUAAUUCGUUUGCCUUACCUUACGGAAGGUAUAAUUUUAUUUGUUUUCUUUUAUGUGUACUUUAAACUCUAUUGAGGCUGUUUAGCCUUAUACCUCAUAAGAAUAAAAAGAUUCAUCUAGACUGAUAGCAUA